UUGCCAUGGCGACGGAGCCCAAACAAUAACAUUCCAAGGGUGGGAGGGAAGGAGGAAGGAAGGAUAAACAGAUAAAUAGUGUAGCGCCAUUCAAAAGCAAAGUGUGGGAAUAAGUAAAAGGGGGCAGGAGAGAGGAUCAAGAGGAGGACGACUUACGAAGCGAUACAAGUCAAAAGAAGGAGAAGAGGAGGAAGUCAAGGGGAGUUUAGAAUCAUUAGUGCGUCUGGAAUCCUUGGUGCCAGUCUGGAAUUUUUUGGUGCCAGUCUGGAAUCCUUGGUGCCAGUCUGGAAUUUUUUGGUGCCAGUGUCUUGGGAAGGUGUGUGGCUCAGGUCGGGGCCAGGGACAGGUGCUCACGGCAAAACAUGUUACCUGGGAGAAGCUGAAGGGUCUUCAAUGAUCAUAAAACAGUGUGUUGUGUUGGCAGUGAGAAGGUAAUUCCAAGCUAAACAGCCAGUAUCAUGUGAUCUGGCAAGGGAGAUAAAAGCACUGCCUCUCACCAAGCCUGUGUUGUUUCCCGGGAGCAAAGUCUUCACCUUCUGGUCACAAGCUGAGUGUUGCAUUACAAGCCACCCAGCACCCCUUCAUCAAGGAAGUGUGACCCAGCAGAAAUCUUCUCUCAACCAAAAAUAUGAUUCUGUCUCGCGCUAAGCCCGCCUUGGGCUCAAGCGCAAAUGCUCAAGUCACCGCUGCAACCAACAAGAAAGCUUUGCCAAAAUUAGAAGAUUUUUUAAGUAAAAGAGACUUUACUGGAGCAAUAACACUGUUGGAGUUUCAGCGUAACAGCGGGAAUGCCAAUGAGCUGACUGACCAAUGGAUCGGCUACUGUGCCUUCCACCUCGGGGACUACAAACGUGCGCUGCAGGAGUUCCAGAAGCUGACAACAAACCACAAAAACCCGGCGCCCGAGAACUGGAUCAGCCUGGCCUGCUGCUACUUCUACCUUGGCAUGUACCCAGAGGCAGAGGAGGCAGCAGAAAAGGCCCCCAAGACAGCCCUCCGCACACGCCUCUUCUUCCACCUGGCCCACAAGUUCAACGAUGAGAAGCGGCUCAUGAUGCACCACCAGCAGCUGGAGGACGUGAUUGAGGACCAGCUGAGCCUCGCCUCCAUACACUACCUGCGUUCACACUACCAGGAGGCCAUCGACAUAUACAAGCGGAUCCUUCUGGACAGCAGGGAGUACCUCGCCCUCAACGUGUACGUGGCGCUGUGUUACUACAAGCUGGACUACUAUGAUGUGUCGCAGGAGGUGCUGGCCGUCUACCUCCAGCACUACCCGGACUCCCCCAUCGCCAUCAACCUCAAGGCCUGCAACCACUUCAGGCUCUACAAUGGCAAGGCGGCGGAACAGGAGCUCAGGGCACUGCAGGACGUGACCUCAUCACCACUGACCUUCGCCCAAGACUUGGUGCGCCACAACCUGGUGGUGUUCAGAGGGGGGGAGAGUGCCCUGCAGGUGCUGCCGCCGCUGGUGGACGUCAUUCCUGAGGCACGACUCAACCUGGUCAUUUACUACCUCAAGCAGGACGAGGUGCAGGAGGCCUACACCCUCCUGAAGGAUCUGGAGCCCACGGUGCCCCAGGAAUACAUACUAAAAGGUGUCGUCAACUCUGCCAUCGGACAAGAAACUGGAUCUAGGGAGAACCUGAAGAUCGCCCAGCAGUACUUCCAGCUGGUGGGCGGCAGUGCCUCCGAGUGUGACACCAUCCCCGGCCGCCAGUGCAUGGCCUCCUGCUUCUUCCUGCUCAAGCAGUUUGAUGACGUCCUCCUCUACCUCAACUCCAUCAAGUCUUACUUCUACAAUGAUGACACCUUCAAUUUCAACUAUGCCCAGGCCAAGGCAGCUGUGGGGGACUACAAGGAGGCGGAGGAAGUGUUUCUCCUGAUCCAGAACGAGAAAAUCAAGAACGACUACGUGUUUCUGUCCUGGCUGGCACGAUGCUACAUCAUGAACAGCAAGCCCAGACUGGCGUGGGAGUUGUACCUCAAGAUGGAGACAUCGGCCGAGGCGUUCAGCUUGCUGCAGCUCAUCGCCAAUGACUGCUACAAGAUGGGGCAGUUCUAUUAUGCCGCGCGGGCCUUUGAUGUCCUGGAGCGGCUGGACCCCAACCCCGAGUACUGGGAGGGCAAGCGCGGGGCCUGUGUGGGCAUGUUCCAGAUGAUUAUUGCCGGGAAGGAACCAAAGGACUCCCUGGGGGACAUUCUGCAGCUGCUGAGGAACACGGCCAACCCCCAGGUGGAGGGCAUCAUCCGGGUCAUCAAGAAGUGGGCCAAGGACAACCACAUCCCAGUGUAAUGCCCACAGCACUGCCACACCUCUGGACACAUCAAAGACAACUCCAUCCCAGUGUAACGCCCAUGGCACCACCACACUGCACAUUAUGGUUGUGGGUUCUCAACUGAUAUUUGUGAAAAAGUCAAUACAUUUUUUUUUCUUUAUGCUUCAUUUGAAGGUCAAGGUUAGGGGUCAAGUUUUACAUAGAUGCCACUUUUCUAUAGAGUUACUGCUGCUGCUCCUCCUCCUCCUCCUCCUCCUCCUCCUUCUACUACUACUA